AUAACCUCCUCUCUCCAUCUCCCCAUCACCACUACUCCUCACCCCCUUCGCCACAACCUCUGGAGCCAUUGUCGCUCUCUAUCUCUCUCUCUCUUCUUUCCCCUUCUUCAUCUGGAUGAAUUAAUCCUUUUGUUUAUUGAUUUCUGCCCAGUGUAACAGCCCAUCAUGAGUUCCCUACGGUUCCUCGACCUGGUCAAGCCGUUCGUGCCGUUCCUCCCUGAGGUUCAGCAGCCGGAGACCAAGGUUCCCUUCAACCAGAAGCUGAUGUGGACGGCCCUCACCCUCCUCAUCUUCUUGGUCAUGAGCCAGAUGCCCCUGUACGGCAUUGUCUCUUCCGACAACUCGGAUCCCCUAUACUGGCUGCGUAUGGUUAUGGCGAGUAACCGCGGAACCCUGAUGGAGCUGGGUAUCACUCCCAUCAUCUCCUCCGGCAUGGUCUUCCAGCUCCUCGCUGGUACCCACAUGAUCGACGUCAACCUCGACCUCAAGAGCGACCGCGAGCUGUACCAGACCGCCCAGAAGCUCUUUGCCUUCAUUCUCUCCGCCGGUACCGCCACUGUCUACGUCUUCACCGGUCUCUACGGCCGACCUUCCGACCUUGGCGCCGGUAUCGUCUUCCUCCUCGUUCUCCAGCUCUUCGUUGCUGGCAUGAUCGUCAUUCUCCUUGACGAGCUCCUCCAGAAGGGAUACGGCCUCGGCUCUGGUAUCUCUCUCUUCAUCGCCACAAACAUUUGCGAGUCCAUCAUGUGGAAGGCCUUCUCCCCCACCACCAUUAACACCGGUCGUGGCCCCGAGUUCGAGGGUGCCGUCAUUGCCCUUUUCCACCUUCUCCUCACCUGGCCCAACAAGCAGCGCGCUCUCCAGGAGGCCUUCUACCGCCAGAACCUCCCCAACAUCAUGAACCUUCUGGCCACCAUCCUCGUCUUCGCCGCUGUCAUCUACCUCCAGGGCUUCCGCGUCGAGAUCCCCGUCAAGUCCUCCCGCCAGCGUGGUGCCCGCGGCUCUUACCCCGUCCGCCUCUUCUACACCUCCAACAUGCCCAUCAUGCUGCAGUCCGCUCUGUCCUCCAACAUCUUCCUCAUCAGCCAGAUGCUGUACUCCCGCUUCUCUGACAACCUCCUCGUCCGUCUUUUCGGUGUCUGGGAGGCCAAGGACGGCUCUGCUCAGCUCUCUGCCAUCUCCGGUCUGGCUUACUACAUGUCUCCUCCCCUGAACUUCAAGGACGCCCUCCUCGACCCCAUCCACACCGCUGUCUACAUCGUCUACAUGCUGGGUGCCUGCGCCAUCUUCUCCAAGACCUGGAUUGAGGUUUCCGGCUCCAGCCCCCGCGAUGUCGCCAAGCAGCUCAAGGACCAGGGUCUUGUCAUGGCCGGUCACCGCGACCAGAGCAUGUACAAGGAGCUCAAGCGCAUCAUCCCCACUGCCGCUGCCUUUGGCGGUGCUUGCAUCGGUGCUCUCUCCGUUGCCAGCGACCUCAUGGGCGCCCUCGGCUCCGGCACUGGUACUCUCCUGGCUGUCACCAUCAUCUACGGCUACUUCGAGAUUGCUGCCAAGGAGGGUGACCUGUCCGGCAUGAAGGGCAUGAUUAUGGGAUAAAUAUUGCCAGUCAACGCGACCGACAUGUCCCCUUUUCAGAUAUAUCGAAGCUUCUUCCUUUGUUUACGCGAGGCUUCCAGCGGCCAUUAUACGAAUGGCGGCUUCCUGUGUAAUAACACGGCAUACAUUAUUAUAAAAAAGUCAUGAUGAUGUCUUCAAUUAUUGGAGAACAAAAGCAAUGGGUUUACACGGUGAUGGGUUCAAGGUAGCAUUAGGGACCGGGCGUGCCACUCUCGUGGAGCAUCUCGAUGAAGAACGGCGGGACGAUAAGGCUACUGCAGAUUGCCACAGGACAUGUCGUGGGCCUAAGUAUCCCGUCCGCGCCCGUCUACCGAGACUUCGCGCUGUAGAGUAUUGUAUCUAAGACCAUGUAUGCGAACAAAUCCAUUCCACGCACC